CUUACCUCCACAACAAUACACAUACCGCUCAGGCAGCACAGGGCCUUGUCACCAUCGGGCCCUUUUUGCUUGCCUUUAGUAGUCGCAUCUUCGCUCCGCCGGUCGCUUUGAGCCUCCCCGUCCGAAACAAAAUAUCGGACAUAUCUGUAGUCUUUCAUCUUGCUUGAAGACGAAACCUGCAGAGAAGGGAACUCACAACGCGGAUACCACUGAGCGGAGAGCGGCGGUGGCAGGAUGCUUGAAGGUAGCAGCAUCCAGGCGGAGAGCCCACAGGCUCCUGUUGACAUGGAGACCGACGACAUGUGCUGGAUUUGCUUAGAUGAUACAAAAGACCGGGAUCCCCUCGUCAGUCCCUGCAAGUGCCCCCGCAAGGUGCAUCCCCGUUGCCUUGCUCGCUGGCAGCUGCAGCAAGCUGGGCGUUUAGAGGAAACCAAUUGCAGGUUCUGCCAGUGCAACCUCGCCGACUGGAAAGCCAGCCUGACCCCCGAGAACCUGAAGCCCGAGGUGAAGCGCGUGCAGCCUAUCAUGGUGGUCUACUUCGAGGGGCAGAUCCACAGGAUUCCCGUCAAGCAGGGCCCCGACGGCCUCCAAGAGUUCACCCACCGAAUCCGGGAGCUCUUCCGUCUGCCCGAUGACGUGGACAUUUCCCUCACUUUUGGUUGCAAGGAGCCCCUGUCCGGACAGCACCUCAAGCUCGAGGGCAUGGGCGCCUUUGACGCCGCCGUACACUGCGCCUCUGUGGCCGCGGCGGAACGGCAGCACAAGCUCAAGUCCGAAGGCGGCAGCGGGGCCCCACCUCCGGGUGUGGGUGCUGCCGCUGCUACGGGUGCGGGUGCGGGGUCGUCGUCAGGAUGUGGAACCAGCGGGCUGUGCGCGAACACGCAGACAGCAGCAGAUGAUGGCACCAGCAGCGGCACGAUGAUGACGGGACCCGGCUUAGCUUCACCCUCUUCUUCCUCGUCUCCUCCUCCUUCCCCUCCACUUUCGGCAGAGGCUGCUGCUGCUGCGGCAGCAGCGGCGGCGGCAGCGGCAGCUGCUGCUGCCCCUAUGGACGUGUCUUCCUUGUCAUCUAUCCCCAUGCAGCAGCAGCUGCAGCUACUGGAGCAGCAGCAGCGGCAGUUGCUGUUCCAGCGCCAGCAGCAGCAGUUGCUGCUGCAACAUCAGCACCUGCAUCUGCAGCAGCAGCCAGGUAGCAGCCUCGGCGCCAACAGCAACAUCAACAGCAACCAGCAUAACCAGUUCUCCCCCUCCAACACCAACUUCAACAGCAGCGGCAGUAACAACUCUCGCUCCGACUCUCACCUCCUCCAACAGCGCUACCAACACCGCCGCAGCGCCCGCAACAUCAGUCCCAACAUCAACAACAACAUACCCAACCCCAACACCACCAGCACCAACCACCCCAGCAACCUCCUCCCCAACCGCUACCAACGCCACCACCGCCACUUCAGCACCAGCAACUUCAACAUCAACAACAUUAACACCAUCACCAACACCACCGAUACCACCAGCAACAACCAACAGCAACAUCACCACCACCAUAACAGCAACUAUAACCUAAACCACCGCUUUGGCCUCCUCAACCCAAGCGCCGCCGCCGCCGCCGCGGCCGCCGCAGCGGCCGCCCUCAGCGGCGUCGCUCCUGCCAACAUGGCUGCCUCCACCUCAGCGCCCGCUUCCGCUCAAACGUCUGGCGGCGGCGCCGACGACAACGACCGCAUGACGGAUUACGAACCGCCGCCGCUACACCCCACGGCGUCGGCUCCAGCGCUGUCACACUACGCGUCGGACCCCUCUCCGCUGCUGGGAGCUCAAGCUCUUCCGCAGCCUCUACACCCGCUCGAGAGCUCCUUUCCGGACAGCGUCAGCAGCUUCACGUCUUCUGAGCUAGAGCGGGGCAUUGCGGCGGAGGGCAUGCGGAUUAGCGGCGGCGGUGGCGGCGGCGCUGACGCCGCUGCGACGGCGGAAGGAGGUGUCGGUCUUGACCUGUCGUCGCCGCGCCAAGCAGCGACGACGACCGCCUUCCCGUCGCCGUCAGCGGACGGGGAACCGACGCCGCCGCCCUUGCAGCGCGAGCGCGACGGACAGCAGCAGCAGCAGCGUCAUGAGCAGCGUGAGCGGACGCUGAUGCGGCAUGACACGGCGCCGCCGUCUGCAGGGUUUGCCGCCGCGUCGGCCGCCGCCGCCGCUGCUGCGACGGCAGCCUUGGCGGGCCGUACAAUGGUGGCGGCGGCGCCGCCGCCGCCAGAUCGCAUGC